GCCGCGGGCAGAAAGCACCCGUGUCUUCUCGUCUCCUUCACUUCAUAAACUCGCCACCGCGGGCAGCUAAUUCGCAUUGCAAGAGCCAAACGCUUGCCAGCAUGCCUGCUCCGCGCCAAUCGAGUCCUAUUCCCUCCCGAAUGGCCCUGCUAUUUCUUGCAGGCGCGCUGUUGCCGACGGGGUCAACAGCGGGGAGAACCAGCGCCACCAGCGGGGAUGGAUACAGACUGGGCGAGGAGAUUCCAGUGUCUUGUCUCAAUCGGACGAUGGAAGGAGAACAUAUCACAGAUGACCUAGGCAAACUCCAAUGGAUUCCCUUCGUAACCUGCAACGAGACCUCGCGCCCUCUAUCCCUACACUACGGAACUUCCGAAACGAUAACAUGCACAAUCCCCUCGCUCUCCGACGCGCUCUACCACCUCCUCGAGUUCUACGUCCACUCCGACGUCCCCAUGACCUGCCGCGUACCAACAGCACCCCUAACGUCCAGUAACGCCACGCCUAAGGACCGCACCGACACCGAUAGCGCAUCCGGUGAGGUCGACUCGCUCGCGGCGCUGAACGAGAACGGCCCGCCCUUUACCCCAAUCACAAUUGCGCUGCAGGGUACCCUGCAGCUCAGCCACCUACAUAUCUGGACGGAUAUGAACAUGCUUAUGCAUAACAUUGCCUCGGACGCAGCGGCGCAACCGCCCAAGGCCAGGAAACACGCUCAGUCCGGUCAGCCUGGGUACGCGGUAGCCGGGACGGCGUACUCGACGCCAGAGUUUGAGGCUGCAGCGAAAAAGGUCUCGCUUGACGAGGACGAGGAAGCUGUGACCGUUGCCCAGGCUGCGCGGGAACCUUGGACGGCGGGACAUGGGACCAAGGUUGUGCGCGGCGAGCCGCUGACGUUCUCGUUCCAUGUUGCCUGGAUCGAGGGCGGUGCUGGCAUCGGGUGGCCGGAGCGUCCUGCUUCGGAGUCAUUCUUGGAGAUGGGCGGCGCCGGGACGGUGCAGAGUUCUGGGGCUGGCUCGCUCUUCUCGAGGCUAUUUUUGUUCUUCUUGGCUGCUUCGGUUGGUGCUUUGAUUGCGCUGUACUGGGAGCGCAAUGGGGACCGGCUGCGUGGCCGUUCGGGCUGGCGUGGAGAUGGGAUUCUGGGAGCUCCACCUGUGAAGGGAAAGGGAACCAGUGUGACGUUUGGUAAUGGUGGACGUAUCAAUGGGUAUGGAGGCUACUCUGCUGCUACUGCCAAUGGCGUGAGUACCGGGGGUGGUGGAGGUACGGGAUUUGGAGGCUUUGCCACAGGCAAGAGGGAUUGAUGGGCGAACAUAUCAGGAUAGACUGGUUGACCAGUCUUGUUGUACAUUUGUAUAGAAUGGAUCUCGUGUAUAGUGUAGUGUGUCUAUGAAGGCCCCUGCCAAGUCAAAAUAUGAUCCAAUGCAUUCCAUACUUAAUGCAGACAAAACAAGACGAGAAAAAUUUCCGUAGGUAGUGAUACAUGUAGAAAAAAGAAAAACAAAGGCUCCAAAGAUUAGAGCGCAUCCAGUCUCGGUAUAUAUACAAACCAAGUAAUCGCCCUGCCCUCAAUCUACCAACCCAAUGCCCAUGACAAAUGCAAUUACCAACCCUGAGCUUGCAUCCGCUGAAUCUUCUUCACAGUCUCCUGGAACGAGAACCGGAAAAGCUUCCUCCACCUCGUCCGACGCAACUCCUUCCGCACCGCACCCUUCCGCUUGUGGUACUUCUGCUCAUGCGCAUUCGCCUUAAUCUUAUUCGUACUGCAAGUAAUCUCCAACUGACGGAUAGCAGCCGGCAAAUCCACACCCCGCUCCGGCUCAACGUGGACCUGACGACCCAGCGUCGGCCCCAAUUUGAGCUCCAACUUGCGCGAGGCAAGCUGCUGAGCGGCUCGGUCUUUGAAGGUCUGCGAGCCUACGCCGCCGACGGAGCGGGCGACGGCAUCGGAGAAGACGCGGCGCGGUUCACCCUUGGAGUUGAGGGUGCUGCGGUUGCCGAGGUCGAGCUUGUUGAGGAUUUCGUCGAAGUCUGAGGCGGCGGUCUUGGUGGGUUUCGGGGUAGUCAGGCCCUCGGAGACGGCUGGUGUUGUUUGUGUGGGUUGUUCUGAGGAGGACUCGGUAGGAGGAGGAGGAGUUUGUGACGAGCUGGUCGUGGAGUUGUAGCGGAGUGUGUUGAGGAUGAUGGACUGCUGCUGGCGCGAGCUGAGGAGCCAUGGUGUUGGCCUGGCGCGGAGGCCGCGGGCCAAGAUGCGGGCGUCCAUUGCGUAGUCUGAGCAGUCAGAUUAACCCGAGUAGGUCAAUUGAUAGGACAGUACGGACUUUUGGCUUGGAAAUGUGAGGGGGAUUGUGUUUGGCGUGG